AUGCGACCGCGAGCUCCCAAGCGUGUCUCGACCCGAACGACGCGAGUCAUAUCGGUGGGCAACGAAAGCGAAAGAGGCGACGAGGUGAAGUCACGCAGCAAUGCGGAGACCGCCAAAUCGAUGAUGCAGAGGGUUCUAGAGAUGCUGGCGAAGAUGGGAAGUGAGAUGGUGGAGCUGAAACAUCGAGUAUCCGAGCAAAGCGACACGAUCAGGAAGCUGAGCGCCACGGUUUACAAGCAAAGCACUAUCAUUCAGGGACAGGAAGAUCUGAUCCGAGGCUUGGAAGCCCAGGUCCAGGAAUCCAAGGAAGAGUUUCGACAGAGAUUGGUUGGAGUGAAAGAGCAGCUACACCAGCUGAUGCAAAAGCUGGAUGUAUCGGGCGAGGUGACUUUGCCAAGCGGCCCUCGAACAACGUUUGCGGACGUCGCGCGCGCCCUGCCAAACCGCCCGCCCUCCAGUACACGCAGCAUACCUGGUCCAACCAAACAGCAGACAACCAACGAGUCUGUCCAUUGUACCAUUGACACGUCUCGUGUAAGUGAGUCGAACAGGAACAAAGCGCAAAUCGGGCAGAUACGACAGGCCAUCGAGGUUGAGAUGAGAGCGAAGAACGGACAUGAGACCUGGAGGUGCGCAGCAGUUGUGAGAGAAUCCCGGAACGCCGACCGAGUCAAGAUCGUCUGCAGAGACGAAGCCGAGCUUCAGCUGGUCAAAGAGGCGGCGCAGAAGACAGCCGUGGAGGGAGCGCGAGUCAUGAGAGACCAGCUGUAUCCGGUCCGGGUCGACAAUGCCAACCGGACAGCUAUCCUCGACACGGAGGGCAAUGUCCUGCCCGGAGCGAUCGAAGCCUUGAGUGCGGAAAACAGAGUGACCAUUGGCAAGAUUUCCUGGCUGAGCAAACGAGAGUCUGGUAAAGCCUACGGAUCCAUGGUAGUAUACGUCACCAAGAAAAGCGAUGCAGAAAGGCUUCUGGACGGUUACUACUUUGACCUAGCGGGAGAGUCGGCCACCACUUAUACGUUCGAGCCAAGAACGGGACCGAUCCAAUGCUUCAAUUGCCAGGAGAUCGGUCACAAACAGAGUCUGAUGAACGACGAAGACCUGAAGGAUUUUGUCGCACUGGCUAUAUCUGAGCCACAUGCGCGCAAUAUCGACGGAAAGGUGGUGACGAGUCCUAUGGGACAUCGUAACUGGACAAAGAUGAUUCCGACGUGUGUUCGUGACGCCUCAUGGCCGAUCCGCAGCAUGCUCUGGAUCCGAAUUCGACUCGAGAGGAGGGAGGUGAUGGUGGUGUCAGUGUAUGUGGAAGGGAAGAACGACGAGGCGCUGGCGAGCGCGAUGGAGGUGUUGCGCGACGUGAUCGAUCGCUUCCGCAAUGGAACAGGAAACCGCACAGAUAUGGUUCUGGCGGGGGACUUCAAUCGCCACGAUCUCCUCUGGGGCGGAGAUGAGGUGUCAGCGAGAAGACAAGGGGAAGGUCAGCCCAUCGUUGACCUGAUGGACGACGUUGGUCUCUGCAGCCUUCUCCCGAGAGGGACGAAAACGUGGCAGGGGCCGGACAAGGAGAGCACCAUCGACCUGGUGCUGGCAUCGGCAGAACUGGCAGACGAGGUGAUAUCCUGCGUGAUUCACCCGACAGAGCACGGAUCAGACCACAGAGCGAUCCAGACGACCUUUGACAUUCAAGUACCGGAGCGAAUGUUUCCGCAGCGCCUGCUGCUCAGGAACGCGCCGUGGGUCGCCAUCGCAGCCAGGGUCGAGGACGAGCUUCGACCUCUUCCGUGGAACGUGGGGGUGCAGACGCAGGCGGAUCAGCUCAUGCGGGUGGUCACCAAGGUGCUGCACGAUCUGACACCCCGGGCACAGCCGCCGCCUUACGCGAAACGAUGGGCACAGCGACGAGCCGGCCAGUCACGGCCGGAUCUGGAGCAACGCGCCAAGGAGGCUGCCAAGGAGUACCACGACAACUUGCGGAGACAGAAAAAGGCCCAUUGGGAUGACUUCGUCACGGACGAGAGCAACAUCUGGAAGGCAGUCAAGUAUGUGAAGUCUGGUACGGAGAUGACAGAUGACAAGGUGCCGCCGUUGAAGAGAGCCGACGGCUCGAUCACCGAAGGCAAGGGCGAGCAAGCAGAGGAGCUCCUGAGCACCUUCUUCCCGCCUCUGCCAACGAGGAUCGAACCGGAGGGUGAACGUCCGCAAAGAGAAGAGAUAGCCAUGCCGGACCUCACCUUGCAAGAGAUUGAGGAUAAGGUGAUGGCGGCGAAGCCUUGGAAAGCGCCUGGGGAGGACGGUCUUCCUGCGAUGGUUUGGAAGAAGCUCUGGCACGUGGUCAAGGUCCGGAUCAUUCCCUUGAGGAAACCUGUCGUAGCAGAACGCAUCAGCUACGCAGUUGAGGCCCAUGGGCUUUUGCCCGCGAACCACUUCGGCGCUAGGAAACGUAGAUCGGCAGACCAAGCACUAGUGCUUCUGCAGGAGCGGAUCUACAAGGCGUGGAGAAUGGGCAGAGUGCUAAGCCUCAUCAGCUUUGACGAUGAGAGCAAGGGCAUCCCGGACAGAUUGGUCGUCUGGAUGGACGCAUUCUGCUCGGAACGGACCGCGUCGGUGGUUGUCAACGGGAUCGCCACUGUCGCCAGUGGCUUUUCUUUCUUCAACGCGGACCUGGUGCAAAGACGGAUCAGUAACAACGGUGGGUCCAUCGCCUUUGUGGACGAUUACUCUGCCUGGGUCACGGGACCAACGGCAGAGUCGAACAGAGAUGGUAUUCAGUCGAUUAUCGAGGAUGCGCUCGAUUGGGAGAAGCGCAGCGGAAACGAUAUCAAGCCGAAGAAGAACGUGAAGCUCUUGGGAGUCAUCAUGGACAAAGCGCUUCGCUUCAAAGAGCACAUCGCCAGUGCGGCCGCCAAGGGGCUGGCCGCGGCCAUGUGCUUGAAACGACUGAAGAUGGCCUCGCCACGGAUGGCGAGGCAACUGGCCCAGCGAAUUGGAGCCCAGGCAGUCACGGGAGGCUUCCGCACAGUUGCAACGGCAGUGGCCGAGGCCGAGGCCGGAGUGCAAUCAGUUCGAGAACGGCACACUCAAGCAGCGACGAAAUUCUGGAUAAGGAUGCGGACGCUCCCGAAGACGCAUCCUCUGACAUCGUUGAGGCUCAAGCUGAACAGGAGGUAUGCUUCGCCAAUGCAGAAGCUCGCCUCGGCGAUGGGAAGAAUAGACACCAAGCGCCUGGAAGUCAUCCACGAGUUCGCACUGGCGCCGUGGAGGACCGAGUGCAGGUAA